AAAGCAAAGGCCUUGGCUGCUGAUGAGAAAAUUCUGAAACUAGAAGAUGGCACGCAGAUUCCUAUUGAUGAUGUUGCCGAAAUUUUUGAAUCGUUUAGCUUAGACGAUGUUGCCAAUGCAGCGGAGGAUCAGGAGAAAUUGAAAUUAGAACCGAGUAGUAAAGAGAAUCAUCAGCAGCAACAGCAACAGCAACUGCAACAGCAACAGCAACAGCAACAGCAACAGCAACUGCAACAGCAACAGCAACAGCAACAGCAACAGCAACAUCAGCCUGGUCAAAUGAUGCAACAAGCUAUUAGUCCUCCGCAUACCACCAGAGAGUAUUUUGCAGUACCCGUACCUUCAGGCCCAUCAGUUUCCUUACCAACUUUGCCAUCUCUACAAGUAACAAGUACCGGUGUUCAAAUACCAGCAGAUAUAUCAGCAGCAUUACAACUAACUGCUACUCAACCUCUUCAAAAUCAUAUGCUGAAUGAACGAUUGAGCAGUUUUCAAGCAGGUCUUAAAGCUGGCAUUCAGGGAAUGGCUGCUGAUGCUUUCCAGUCUCAACUACUUUUACAAUCAUCUCAAUUAUCAUUUCCUACGCAAACAUUGCCACCGGCCACUGUUGCCAGUGCCGUAGUAGAUAGCCUACCUCAAACUCCGAAUAGCUACACACAAUCCACAGCUUGUAGCACUCAUCACGUACAAGUAGCAACUCAAACUCAGGCACCAGCUGCUUCUGCUACGUUGGCUGCUGCAGCUACGGACAAGAAACAGGCAUGCACUGUAACUGGAAACACGGCUGUUGCUGGAAAGGGCAAGAAGACUCGAUACCCUCUUCUCUCUCAACAACAAACUUGUCAACAACAAACUACUCCACCAGUACAACAACCAGGAGCUAAUUUUCCUGCACAAAGCUAUCAGCUCGAUCCUGCAGCAGUUGCGGGCCAGUAUACAACAGCUAUACCCGAAGCUGUACCACAAGCACCAAAUAUACCACUAACCGGGACUUUUUCCACUCAUCAAGCACCCCCUGCUCCCUUCUCCUGUAUGGAUGUUGAUUCUGAAACGGACAGUAACCAUGACACUGCGUUAACAUUAGCCUGUGCUGGUGGACACGAAGAACUUGUUGAACUACUUCUGAGUCGUGGCGCAGAUAUCGAGCAUAGAGAUAAAAAAGGCUUCACCCCGUUGAUACUGGCCGCAACCGCAGGCCAUGAAAAAGUGGUUGAGAUUCUAUUAAAUCAUGGAGCAGAGAUCGAGGCUCAAUCGGAGCGCACCAAGGAUACUCCUCUUUCUCUUGCGUGCAGUGGUGGAAGAUACGAAGUUGUGGAGUUGCUGUUAAAUCGAGGUGCCAACAAAGAACAUCGAAAUGUUUCCGACUACACCCCUCUUAGUCUUGCGGCGUCUGGAGGCUACGUUAACAUCAUUAAACUCCUACUCAGUCAUGGUGCUGAAAUUAAUUCUCGAACCGGAUCCAAGCUCGGCAUUUCUCCCCUUAUGCUUGCCGCCAUGAAUGGUCAUACAGCUGCGGUCAAAUUAUUACUAGACAUGGGCAGUGAUAUCAAUGCCCAAAUCGAAACGAAUCGUAACACCGCAUUGACGCUUGCUUGCUUUCAAGGAAGGCAUGAAGUUGUCAGUCUUCUUCUCGAUCGCAAAGCUAACGUCGAGCAUCGGGCAAAGACGGGGUUGACGCCAUUGAUGGAAGCAGCCAGUGGUGGGUAUGUUGAGGUAGGACGAGUUUUGCUCACUAAAGGAGCUGACGUGAAUGCCACUCCCGUACCCUCAUCGCGAGAUACAGCGCUCACUAUCGCUGCUGACAAGGGCCACUGUCGCUUUGUAGAAUUGCUUCUCUCUCGAGGAACGCAAGUUGAAGUUAAGAACAAAAAAGGUAAUAGCCCUCUGUGGCUUGCUGCAAAUGGAGGGCAUCUCAAUGUUGUGGAUUUACUUCAUCAUGCCAGAGCAGAUAUCGAUUCGCAAGAUAACCGCAAGGUCUCUUGUCUAAUGGCAGCAUUUCGCAAGGGUCAUAUAAAGGUAGUGAAGUGGAUGGUGAACCACGUAACCCAGUUUCCAAGUGAUCAAGAGAUGACGAGGUAUAUAGCGACGGUCAAUGAUAAAGAGUUGUUAGAAAAAUGUCAAGAAUGUGUGAAAAUAAUACGUGCAGCCAAAGAGACCCAGGCUGCGAAAGCGAACAAAAAUGCAACUAUACUAUUGGAAGAACUAGAUAUGGAGAAAACCAGAGAAGAGUCCAAAAAAGCAGCUGCAGCCCGUAGACGAGAGAGGAAGAAAAAGAAGAAACUAGAAAAAAAAGAAGAAAAACGGAAACUCCACGAAGAGAAUAAGAAAAAUGAAACUAUUUAUGAAGACAAGGAAGACGGUGGUAAAAAGUCUGGUGAUGAAGAAGGUGAUAGAGGAGAUGAUAGUGAAAGAGAGGGCGGAGAUAACUGUGAAAGAAUGGAUCACGCACCUUCUCCAGUUCAUAGGAGUCCCGAAGACCCCGAUAAAGAAGAAGGUGAUAGCGGGAUUGAUGCCAAUAGUCAAGGUAGUUGUAGCAGUAAUGACGUUAAAGCCAGGGAGAAGAAAAAAGACAAGAAAAAAAAGAAAAGUAGUAGCCCGAGCAACAAUGAAAAGGAAUUAUCACCUCACCGAUCUCCUAAGGCGCUCUUAACUCCUGGUUCAAAUUUACCGCAGAACUCAACCACACCAACAAAGUCCCAGAGUACUAGCUUAGACAAGAGAGUGCCGUCUACUGACAUUAACGGAAUAUCUAGCUCUUCGCCAUCUGUAUCCAAUACAAGAGCAGCUACAGCAGCUGCCGUAAGUUCCAGCGAGAGAAAAUUGAAAGGGCAACUUGUUUUUGAAUCGUCAAGGCACCCUGCAGACAGAGAAGAUUUCGAAGCUACUGGCAAUGAGACGUAUAUGCCAGGCAAAGGAAAAAAGUCUUACAGUAUUCAAUAUGAAACCGAUAGUCUGAAUACCUCUACGAAGUCCAAUAAUUCCACUAGCCCGAAACAAGGUGGGAAACGGGACGAAGGAUGGAAGGAAGUUGUUCGGAAAGGCCAAUCUGAUGACUCUGGAAGAUUUAUGAAUUCACCAUUCCGGUCAAAGAAAGUGUCCGUACCAUUGAAUGCCAUCAGUAGGGUAAUUGGUAGAGGUGGAAGCAACAUCAAUGCAAUUCGAGGUGCAACUGGAGCACACAUUGAAGUAGAAAAGCAAAGCAAAGGCCAGGGCGAACGAAUUAUAACAAUUAAGGGAUCAUUGGAUGCUACGAGGCAGGCUCACACUCUAAUAGCUGCAUUGAUCAAGGAUCCAGAUGUGGAUAUUCUACAGAUGCUUCCAAAAUCGAAGCUAACUGUUGUCACUUCCUCAUCUUGGGAUAAAACUGUCCCCACUCUUGCAGCCACAAAGACAAAAGUAGGACCAACGAACAAACCUCCUAGUCUAGUUAGCAGUGUUAGUGGACCGCAGAUCAACAAAGCAGGAUAUGUGCCUGGAGUCGCAUCUGUUGGCCAGCUGAUUCCUACCCUUCGAUCAUCGUCCACUGUUAAGAUUACAGGCGCCUUUCCUGCACCUAUACCUCGGGCAACUGCACCUCGACUCGUUGCUGCAGCCGAGAAACGAGCACAAGCCGUUGCGGCGGCUCAAUUAGCUUCGUCAACUAAUACAAAGACCACAAUGUCGUAUACAAGCGCAAUUAUGACUGCAGGGAGAGCCACAAAGAUUGUCACACCAAACACAACCCAAACCUUCGCUGCUAAACUAUCGGAAAUCACUGCCUCGGCUCAUACGUCCAUCACUGUUAUGCCGACAUUGCAGUCCAUUGCAAAUAAACAGAAAUCAUCUCAAGCUGCUACCAGUGGCAUUACUGUGAUGUCUUCGACUGCUCCGACGACACCUCAAACGUCUCCGCAGCAGACUGUCCCCAGCACAUCGCCAAAACACUGCCGACCCUUACCCACUCUUUCAGCACCACCAACGAUGCCGUCUCACUAUCCAGGAAAACCUGCAUACUCACCUGGUUCUAAUGGAAAUCUGCCAUCGAUGAGCCAGGGAACAUCCGGUGGACUAGAAAAUAUAGCAACAACUUCUGCAAGUUCAGUUCGCGUUACUCCUUCGCCUCCAGCUGUCACGCAAUCUUCGACAAUGCAACAGCAACAAUUACGUAGUUCUACCCCUAUCGCAUCCAACAUGCAAGAGCAACAGCAAUCGUCGUCAAACACACCUUUGGAAUACUCUCUGUUCAAUGACACCUUCACCAAAGUUACCCAACAAUCAAUGUGGGGUGGUCGUGAGAAUGAGUCACAAAAAGGGAUGAAUUUUGCCACGGUGGCUGGUGGUGGAGUCACAGUGAACACAUCUGGAUCAUCCAACAAUAAAUUUAUCGACAGCGCACCCCCUCAGGCGGACGCAUCCAAAGCUCCGGGUUACAGAGGAACAACAGUGUGCUCACCUGUGUCGAGCAAAUCAAGCGGGGGAGGCAACAGCACUCCUGGAAGUAGCAUCGGCAGCGGUGUGUCGCCUUCCGCUGUGCAUAAUUCUAUCCAACCACCAGGCGUUGUUCAAUUUCAAACAUCGAAUUUUAACGAGGCGCAGAUUCCAUCGAAAGCACCCGGUAGUCUGGCGGUCGCGCGUCCAGUGAUGCCUCAACAGAACAUUGAAAUGGGAGGUGGCAUAACACAAUUCAACAGGCCCGUCUUUCAAGGCGAUAUGAACGCCAGAAAUAACCCUACCCAUCAAACACAUGUUAUGUCUUCGACUUCCCAGCCAACUCUGGAUGUCGGAUUAUUCAAAGGCAACAAUAGUGGUUUUGACCAUCCCAACGUUAAUUCAAACCUAUUGAAAAUGGUACCAAACAACGAGGGGCAGCCUGGCCAUCCAAUGAUGCCUUUCCAUCCUCAUAUACAAAAUUUCACGCAAACGAUGCCACAAUCAGCGUCCGUUAACACUACAGUCAGUAUGUCGAGGCUCAAUCCUAGAGCACCCGAUUUUUCGAGCUCUCUUCAUAUCAGCAACAAACCUCAGGUAGCAAUGUUUAAUACCGGGGCAGGUAUUCAUCCCAAUAUGUUUGCUACGGUACCAGCUCCACCUCCAUCUGCAAUGCAGUCGAAUAACUUGGCGAUGCUCGGUAAUUAUCCUUUGGGAAAAUAUCAAGCACAGAACAGGGGAACGCCGAACGCCAACAUUUCCACAAAUGGUCAAACGCGUUGGCCCUUCGCACCGCCACAACACAACAACUAUCCUCCACAUCAAGACCCGAUGAUGGGUCAAAUAGCUUUUACCAAUCACCUAGCUAAUAUGGCCGGUCAACCCGGAAAUAUCGAUUUGAUAACGGGCUUGGAAAAUGGAGGAUCCCCUGCGAUGUCACCUUCGUCACCUGCUCAGGUGCAACAGGAAAUGAGUCAGAUGAAAAUUGAAGAUCGUAAGGUACCUAGGCCGAUCGGCACCGAAAGAGCAUGGAAAAAUUAUACCACAGGAAUGGGCCCGGGUGGUGACGCGGAUCCAAUGAACUGGAUGCUAAACAAUGAAAAAAUAGUUGGCUCUUGGGCUAGUCUUGCUCCUGGAAUGGAUAGACAUCAAAUGUUUCGCUCAAAUACUACCUACAAUCGGAUGUCCAAUGUCGACGCCGAACUCCACCAAAUGAUGGAAUCCAGUUUCCAGGGGCAUAUGGAUAAUCAACAACCCUUUCCUAACGGAAGUACCGCCGCACUUUCCCUAAUGCCCGGUUUGGCAAUGUUGCCUGGCCAAUUCGGAGCCACCGGAUUACCUGAAAUGCCUCCUAAUGAAUCUGCCAAGAUGGAACCACCCGCCUGGGGGAUGCCCGAAUCCGUACAAGACAAACAGCAUACGGGGUGGAACAAAUGGACUCAUUGAAGCUUAAAAGUCCUAUCAUUGACAUCCUGUCUCAAAUAAACCGUGGAAUAAAACAGUACUGGGAAACGGAGUAGCAGUAGAUACAAUAAAAAAUAAAAUAAAACUGGCAUGCGAAGCGUUGUUUCUAGUUAAACUACAUAAAAUUACAAUACUACCUACUAUAUUCAUUGACACACAGAUCCAUAUUACUUGUCAUGCUAGAUGAUAAGAUGGUAAAUCCUUACUACAAUUUAUUGCUAUUAUCUACUAUACUUAUUCGAUACCAAUAAUUAAUAAAUAUGGCGUAUGUCAGCUAACGAUGGACGGCGAUCCGAUCAAUAAACGUCGAUGAAUUUAUCGGUCGUAACGUCAAGUACGAAAAUAUAAAUGGACAUGAAUUUUAAGUGAAUAAUGAAAUAAAUAAAUAAAAUUACGAUUGUUGUCCCACGAUAGUUGCAUGCACCGUACGUGCUAAUUGAUGAUCAUAUGCUGAUGAUGGUGACUGUGUCAUUCUGUCAUUGGGACGACGAUUUACCUAUCUGUCUAGAACUUUAUAAAACUAAGAUACUUGCCAGGCUCGUCACAAAAAGGUAAAAAAAAAAAAUACAAAAAUACAAAAAAACAAAAAAACGAAAAACGAAAAAUACAAAAAAAAAUCAAAUAUAUUAUGUUGCCUUUGGCUUCUCUAGUAGCAAUUGUUUGCACAACAGCUCUUCGUCAGUGAUUGACUGUUUCAUCAUGAUCAGUAAUAACCUUUUUUUGAUUUAUUUAUGUUGAGAGUACCUAUAUGAUUAUCUAUUACUAUUCGCUAUAAGAAUGAUAUAAUAACUAUUUGAAAUAAUAUGAAUAUACCAUGAUUAUGUAAAUAACUAA